CUCUCGCAUAGCAUAGCACAGAGUCGCAAAUGUUGCUCCUUUUAUCAUAACAAGAAUAUUACUGUACAUUCGACUAUUUAUUAUUCAUUCGCAUACGUAUACACGUACACGGGCAUAGCAUACCCAUAUGUUUUAGAGAGCAUUUCAGCUCUCCCGUAAUCGAGACGGAAUAUUAUUUAACACUUGAGUGCACUACAAAAGCACACAUCGAUGCAAAAUAGCACGCAUCGGAUUUCUUUUAAAAAUAACUCUCUCAUCAAAAUACAUUCAUGUUGAGCGCUAGAAAACGUCGAAUUGUGCGAAAUUUGAGUGUGAACGCAAAUCUAAAACGAAGAAAUCGUGAAAAACAAAACAAAAACUCGUAACUUAAAAUCUUAAAUUAACUGUUCUGCAUGUGCAAGCAAAUUCAGUUGAUGCUGUUUUUCUCCCCAAAUUGUGUAAUAAGUGCAAAAAAGGCGAUUUUAUUUAUGCUACAUCAAAUAAAAGGUAUUAAGAAAGCACAUUAAUCGAAAGAGCGCAGAGAGACGGAGGAGCGAUAUUUCAUCGAAAACAUUUGGAAAUAAGACGAAACGGCCGAAGAGGAAAAAAAAUUAAAUUGUUUGUUCAGUGUGUGUUGUUGUUUGAGAGACGAGAUUUUGAGCUUCUCGUAUGGUUUUGUGCAAUUUCGUUUAUCUUUUUGACAUCUAACUCCGAGGUUAAAAUAGGCUCAAGCAAUGCCAUUGGACAAUACGUAUGCACAAAAAUUCGCGGAAAAGUCACGGCGACUGACAAGCUUGGCCGAAGAUUUCCCAGGCGAAGAUGCUCCAUUUCGACAGCGACUGCAUUUGUUGUUCUCACAAAUUGAAAAAGAAUUUGAAUUGGUGUUUCUAGAGAAUCUAAGCUUACAAGAGAAAAUUGAUCAACUGGUCGCUGGUGGAAAUCGGGAGCCUGGAACGGGCGAACGAUACAAUCAACAAGAUAUCGAAGCGGACAUUGUAUCAAGCAAGAGUAGCAAAUCAAAAGUGGGAUUAAGUACACCGGGCAGCAGUAAAAUUAAAGCGAGUCAUAAAUUAAAAGCACAAACCAGUCGUAUCGUAUCAAGUUUUAAGACACAAUCCAUUGUUAGUCCAAAUGUGCGGGAUUUCGAUGGUCACAAAGAUGGUGUGUGGCAAGUGGCGACCAAAACGGGCCAUCCGAUCAUCGGCACAGCAUCGGCCGAUCAUUUGGCAUGCAUAUGGAAUGCAAACACAGGACGAUGUUUGUUACAAUAUCAGGGUCAUUCUGGUUCGGUGAACUCAAUCAAAUUUCACUUGAGCAAAGACUUAGUACUUACGGGCAGUGGAGAUUCAACCGCACACAUUUGGCAAGCGGCUGUCAAUUGGGAUGGCCCAUCGUCAACUUCGCGCAAAUGCUAUUCAUCCGAAGAGGAAUUGGAAGAUGGUGAAUCGAAUGAGGAUAGAGAUCGAGUUGAUGUGUUACGUACACCGCUUUGUGAAUUUGGCACAACGGCAAAUGUAGGUCAUUCAUCUGUUGUCGUCGCCGCCGAUUGGAUAUUCGAUACGGAGCAAAUUAUCACCGCCAGUUGGGAUCGCACAGCCAUUUUGUGGGACAUUGAAACACGUGAGCCCCUUCAAACGCUCAGUGGCCAUGAUCAUGAACUUUGCCACGUUAGCUCACAUCCGUCACAAAAAUUAGUGGUGACCGCGUCAAGGGAUUCAACAUUUCGUUUAUGGGAUUUUAGAGAUCAAAUACCGGUUGUUUCGGUAUUCCAAGGGCACACAGAAAGUGUCACAUCAACUGUUUUAACCAGAGAUGAUAAAGUAGUCUCUGGUUCGGAUGACAAAACCGUCAAAGUAUGGGAGCUAAGAAAUAUGCGGUCAGCUCUAACCACCAUCAGACUCGAUUCGGCUGUUAAUCGAAUCUCAGUGUCAAACGGCGGCAUCAUCGCCAUACCUCAUGACAAUCGACACAUUCGACUGUUCGAUCUCAAUGGCCAACGAAUCGCACGUUUACCACGCACAAGCCGACAGGGUCAUCGUCGAAUGGUAUCGUCCGUCGCAUGGGCCGAAGAAAUGCCAUUCAAUUUAUUCUCCAGCGGAUUCGAUCGUAGAGUUAUAGGAUGGUCGAUUAGUCUAUCUAAGGAAAAUCAAUAGAGCUUAAAAUUUAAACUAAUUACUUAAAUAUUUGUAUCAUGUGGAUAGUGGAAGCUCUAACAUUAUUAUUAUUAUUAAUUAUUACUAUAAAAGAAACACACUGAAUACGACUCUAUAUGGAUAAGAUUUUAUUCACUCUAGUUAUUAGAUCACAUUGAAAUUCUAUUUAAAAAACCAAACAAAUGUCCUGUAUAAAAACAUCAAUGAGAAUAUGAGCUAAAUUCAAAAGUAAAGAAUGCGAGAACUUUUAACUUCAUCUAAAAA